CGGUAGUGAAGCUUGUGCAUAUAUGCCAAAUGUACUGUCCCCAGAAAAAGCGAUCUUUGAUUUUACUUUUCUUCAAAUUCUUUGAAACAAGUAAAAUUUUAUGUUUGAUUCAAUGACAUGUUUUCACUUUUUAUCUCUGCGUGAACGUUUCUUUGCUGACUUCGAAGUUUUAGUUUUCAACGCAAGGCCUUCUGGGUAGUGUGUUUUGCUGAUCAUGUGCCACGCAUAUGAUAUGAAUUUCUCCACGAAAACAAACGAAAAAUGUCGAUAAAAGAGCUAAAAAUAGUAUAAAAUUAAAAUGGCGAGCUGUAUGAAAGGAUGUUGGGGCAUUUUUAGUGAAGAAUUUCGAAAGUUACGUCGGCCAGCUCAUAUUAGAGGAAGGUAAGCUUAGAAAAAUAGUUUGUUGCAAGAGUGUAAGCUUGUUAAGCUUAUUAAAAUAUAUUGAAACUUCGAUUCGUCCAGUGUUUUUUAAAAAACGUAUCAUUCCUUAAUAGACGUUUUUAUUAAUUGUCACAGAACUUACAGACGUGCAAGAUAUAGCGAAAAGGAACUUAGUAUCGAGGUACUUAGAACUUUUCCUUUUUUUAAUAUUUCAAGCAAGCUUAUGUCACCAGUUUUUGGAGCCCACCAAGUUUUGACAUCUUAAAACCUUUGCGAACUUUAACAGUGAAAAGACAUGCAAACUAUUUAGAGUAAUGUGCUCCCACUAGGGUUAGAGAGAAUUUUCAGAUCAGGAUGAGCAAAUCGGCUGUUUUAUGGUGGUAGCCUGAGACAAUAGCUGACAUUUUGUGAUGGCACCAAUAUAUGGUUUCCCAGCGAAAUGACAUCUGAGGAAAGACUGUGGAAAUUAAUUGAAACUAAUGACAUUACAUGGACCACUCGGAUCUGGGUAGUGCUUCUGAUUGGUUGAAGCAACACAACCAGUCAGAAGCACUAACUGGAUCUGGGUAGUGAUAGGUAUACAGUAUGAAUUUCUGCAGUCAUUCCUUAUAUGUCAUUUUGAGUGGAAAUCAGUGGGGUGAUGAAAAAGUGGGUUGUUUUCUCAGGCUAAUGUGGCCAGCUAGAGUGUAGACUUCCUGGCCACCAUGAUUACAAAUUAUUCCAUGCAGCCAAACCUGAAUCUAAAUUGCAAUCUGCAAGAUGAAUUUACAUGAAACCUUUGAUUGACAAAGAAGUCAACAGAUUGCUGAAAAUUAUUUUGCUUACUCUAAAUAUAGUACUUGUUACAAUGGUUUAAGACUUUGUGUUUGUGCAAUCAGCUUCUUUUAUUAUUAUUAUAGAUGCUGAGAUUGUAUUUUGCUUCCUUUUCAGUUUGAAAACUUGAUAGAUGAGGUAAUAUUUCUUUAUUAGCAUGUAAUUUGAGUAUUUUUUUGUUUUAGCUUAAUCCUAGAGGAAAAAAUCAAGUAUUCAACCAAAGGAUUUUCAUUGGGAGGGUAUUUGAAAAUCAUGGUUGUGUCGUCAAUGAUACAUGAAAAUAUUGCUGGAAACAAAAAAUCGCAAACAAAGGAAUCGUCGCUUAAGCUCUAUUUAUUCAGAACCCUUCAGAAUGUUUGGGGUUUUAAGCAGACAAGACUUUCUUGCUCGGUUUGUAAUUUCCUUGUCAAGUGAUUCGGGUGUUUUAUAAUUUUUCAUUUCCUCGGGGUGUACUAUUUGUGCUAUGAUCGUGUUUGUUAGCUGUUUUUCAGCGCAUCAGAAUGUGUGCACUAUAUUAUACAGUGUAGUUGUAGCACUAUAUUAAUAUCUUUAUCUUUAUAUGAAUUCAAGGCUGUGCUCUAAAAAAAAUUGAAAAGAGCCCAGUGCUCUGAACUUGCGAAAUACAGUGUGCCCAGCAUAUGAUUUCUAUGAAAAAGCUAAGAUUUUCUAGUCACACGAGAACAAAAGUUAGGCAGCCCAGGCCACCAGGCUCUGCUAGAGCACAGCCUUGGAAUUAAUAAUUGAAAACUUAUCACUUUUAAUUUAUUUUGUAGGAGGACUUCAAUCCUCGCCCCAGGUAAGUUCGUUGAUCCAUCCAUCCAUCCAUCCCUCUUACCCUCCCUUCCUUCCUUCCUCCCUCCUUCCCUCUGUCUGUUCGUCCCUCUGUCGGUCUGUCCAUCCCUCUGUUUGUCUAUUCAUUCAUGACUAUUUUGACUCCCAGGAAAUGCCAGGGCACUCUUUGCUUGCUUACCAUUUUCCAGUUUUGGCUGGCCAGACCAGUCCAGUCCUAGGAGAACUCCACCCUUAACUAGAAGGACUAACCAGCCACAUCAGUUUAUUCUUAAUUAGCAUGCACAACAGUAAUAGAACUUAGUUGAAAUAUGGAGAAAGUACUACACUGUCUUGAACCUCUCCACAAUGGCCACCUUGGGGACAGAAGAAAGUGGCCAUUAUAAAGAGGUUACCAUUGUAGAGAUAGGUUUAAACAAGAGUCAAUGUAUGGACUGUCCAUCGAGACAAAAAUUAAACAAUGGCUUUUGUAGAGAGGUGGCCAUUGUGGUGAGAUGGCCAUCAGUGGAGGUUCGACUGUUAUAAAUAUUUCCUUUUCAAAAUAAUCAGUCUAGCCGGCCAUCUCUGAUUUGUAGGAAGCGCUCUUCAAUAUGUUCUUGAAAAGGUAAUUCACAGUGUAGGUCUUCAUUGCUCUGUAUAUUUUAAUUUUUUUUAUUCCAGACGAAUUUUAACUGAAACUGAAACAGAGCUUAUCAGUCAAAAGAGAUUUAAUGACCUGGUUCAACAGCAGAAGAAGUUAGAUGCUGAAAUCGACGCACAGUUAUCCCGGCAAGAGGAUGAUUUACGACUUGAGGAGGAGGUAUGAUCUAAAAAGACAUUUGUUAGUUAUUUUCAAUUGGCAAAAUAAAAUUGUUAUUGCAGCAAAUAAACAACAACAAACCUGCCUUUUAACUGACAGCACAAAACCAUUUUGGAGCUGGGUUGUUCAAAGCUGGGUUAAGAUAACUCAGGGUUAGCACAAGAUUUGAAUUCAGAUAUGAAAGCCAAAGAAGUAUUUCAAUUUUAAUUCUUUUUUGUCUUCAAGUUUAUUAUUGGAAACUCUAAAAAUAACAGAGAGAAUUAUCUGAGAAAAUGGCUUUGAACACAAGAAAAAGAAAACCGGGUCAAUUUAACCCCAGGUUAAGCGCUAAUCAGCCUUUGAACAACUGGGCCCUGCAGUUAAUUAGGUUAGGAUUACAUGUUCCUCUGUGAUUGGUUGGUUUUGACCGCUGUCAUUAGCCCCUUUUUUUUGCUGUUUUGUUCUUCACCUGAUGACGACCGGAAGUAAGCAGUUGAAACAUAUUGAUUUAACUCACAGGUGACUUCACUAUGUCACUUGUGACACAAAUGAUAAUACAGUCAAAUAAAGGGAGAAAAGAAAAGAAGGGACCAACUCUUAGUGUCUGUUUUACAGAGGUGUCUGACUUAUAGAGCUGUCCAUAAUUCUGUCCAGAUUGCUAUUAUGCAUGCAUGGCGUGUAUGAAGCCAGCUUCAUUUGGACUUCCACCAAGAAUAAAUGGAGUGCACAAAAGGCAAUCUAAUCAUACACAUUUUCAUUUUCUUUUACUUGUAAUCUGAUCGCACUUGUUUUAACCAUCUAUCACGUGAAACAGCAUUCGAGCUCAGAAAGAGCGUUUUGACCCUUGAUCAUUGUUACCUGCACUCUCUUACCUUUGGAGAUACUAUUAUGCUUUUAGCAGUUACUAACAUUAAACUUACAGGUUGUCCAUUUCCUUUGUUAAAUAAAUACAACUAUAUUUAACUAGUUGAGCCUCCACUAAUGGCCACCUUUCUACAACAGCCAUUUUUUUUUGUCCCAAAUGACAGUCUACACAUUGACUCCUUGAUUUAUUUUCUAGAAUGGCCACUUCUUUAUAACAGCAAUGGCCGUUUAAGCUCGUCCUCAACUGACUGACGAAAAAGUCAAGAAUGGCCACGAAACUUGAACUGAUUCAAAACAUUAAGUUUUAUUGUGUAAUUUCAUCUAGUAUAUGGAUUACCAUUGUAGGCUACUGUAAGCAUGGACUUGGCACUCUAAACAUGCUUCCCCCCCCCCAAAAAAAAGAAGGUGUCGUAUUACACCCCCACCUCCCCAUAAUGCCAGGCCAUCUCUCCAUAAAGGUAGGUUGUCCUAAAGGUAGCUGUUGUGGCAAGGUUCAACUGAAUUAAAUUUGUUUGUGCUAUUUUGUUGAAGGCCUACUAUGAAGCAAAGAGAGAGGCUGCACGAGUGGCAAAGCAAGCCAGGCAGAUGGAGGUACUCUCAUUUAAAAAUGCAGUUUUUGCAUGUACUGUCCCCAGAGAAAGUGAUCUUUGAUUUUAGUUUUCUUCAAGUUUUUUUGUGAAAAAGUAGCAUUAAUUUUAUAUAUUUUUUCAACUUACUACAGGAAAUGAAAGCUGCCAAAGAAAAGGAGAACAGAACUCGUAGGGGCUUCCUGGAUGAUUCAUCCUUGUCGUGUUUAUUAUCAGAUGAUACUGUUAGUGUAGACAGGUAAGUAAAAAUAUCUUUUUUGUCAUCAGUAUUAACCCACUAAUCAUGUAAUAUUGCAUUUUUACACCAAUGAAAUACCAGGUAAGCUUGUGAAUGAAAACAUGAUAUCUUCACACACAUGAAAAUAACAUGUUUUAUUAUAUAAACUCCAGUGAAAUACCAGGUGACCUUUCGCGCGAAAACAUGAUAUCUUCACAUGUGGAAAUAACAUGUUAUUUUCACAUGUGAAAAUAUCACCGUUGCUAUGGCUACAUAAUAAAUCGCGCCUUUCACAGGAAAAAAACUGUUUCAAUGAAAUGGUUUGGUAUUUCAUUGGUGUUUAUAUAAUAAAUAGACUAUUGCAUGGCCGCUUGGAGAUACGGAAUUUCUCUUCUCGUGUUGAAAAUAUCUCACUCGUUCGCUGCGCUUACUCGUGAAAUAUUUUUCAACACUUGAAGAGAAAUUUCGUAUCCCCACGUGGCCAUGUAAUAUCCUCUAUAUCUUCACAUUUGAAAAGUUGAAAAGAUCACUGUAGCAGUGGCUGCAUAAUAAGUCACACAUUUUGCAGAAAAAAUAUUAUAAAUGUGAAAUGGUUUGGUAUGUCAUUAAUUGGUGUUUAAUAUAUAAUUAACAUAAUGUUACAUGGCCACUCGAGAUACCAAAUUUCUCUUCUCAUGUUAAGAGUAUUUCACUUGUUCACUAUACUCAUUUAAAUGAAACAUUUUUCAUCACUUGAAAGAAAUUUUAGUAGUGUAGAAUGGCUGCUCAAAAAAUGUGGGUCUCGGAAAAACCUCAACAUCUCAGAAGCGUUUGUGAUGUUUGUGAGGUGAUUUUGCAUCUCAGAAGCUCAAUUUUCUCAUGAGUAUCAGUCUCGAAUUGCAGUCUCACAAACAGUCUUACCAUUCUAUUCCUCUAGUUUUGUACCUCCAUGUGGCCAUGUAAUAAAAUAAUAUCCUUUUUGUCACCUGACUUUAAAUUUUGUACUUUGUUUUAGCACUGAGCUGGAUGUUGAGGAUUUCGAUGCAUUCCUGGAAAAAGUAAAAGCAAGAUCUCUUGGAAAUAGUCCCUUUGCUUGUAAGUUCAGACUUGCAUUAAGGAACCUUUGAAAACUGUAUUUUGCAUGGUUCAUACAACAUCAGACAAACAAAUUGUAAGGAUGUCUGAAGGACAAAAUUACAGUUUUCAAGGGCCAAGAUUUAUUCAAUAAAUUGUCAUUCUUUAACCCCUUCUUGAACACCUUAUUGAGACUAAAACACUGUCACUUUCUGUUCAACACUUCACAAAAUGACAACAGUCAUUAAGCAUGACUUGCAGCUGCAUCUGAGGUACAGAAAUAGCCUUUCAAAUAUUAAAAGAAACAGAAAUAAGAUAUUGUUCAUGCAUGAAAAUGUUUUUGCAAAUACCGUGAGUUUUACAGGUUCUUACACCUAGAUGAGCCAAAUUUUCCUGUCAGUGAAAUAAUCUGUAAUCUUAGUGUGGUGUACUAAGCUGGUAGUGAAUUUCAAGGACUUUUGAAGACGUAAUAAAGAAAUCAAGUCCUUUGUUUAGACCUUAACUGAAUUCAAGGACUUUUUUCAGGAUGACUACUAAACUUUGAGAUCAAGAUCGUGCAAACCUUCAGAAUGAAAGUCCAGCAUUAAUUGCAAUUAUGUAAACUUGUAAUAGUGGCAAUCUGAGUUCUAUGCCAUCUUCACUUAGUUGGUAUAGUUCUGCCUUGAUUUGUGUUGGCAAGAUAAGUGACGAGAAAAUAGCUAGAACUGCUCCAAGUUUGUUUCUUUGCCACAUUUCUAGGGCCAUUAGUAAGGGUCUCCUGAUCAGACAGUUAUGUAACAUUAAGCUAUUGGACUCGCCUCUUCUUCCUUUCUCAUCCAGAACCGAAACUGCUGUUAAAAAAGACUUUAAUUAGGAUCAGUAUAAGAGUUAGACAAACUUCUCACUCACCCCUCCCCCAACUCAACAUUAACACUAACUUCUUACUUAGGGGAAAAUGUUAGAUUGAGGAAGGGGUGGGCGGGCAGAUCCAUAAUUCACCUAAUACUCACAUAUUCAUUACAAUAAUAAUUGUUUUUUUCCAUUGACAGCACCCACUGCGACAGUGCCAAACGGAACAGCUCCAUGGGAAGAUGCAUUAGCACAAGGGAUGGAAGCUACAAAGAUUGCAGGAAAAUCGCUAGAUGCACUACAGGGAUUUUCAUCCUCUGUUGACCUUGUAGCUGUCAGUGAGAGAUAGUACAGCUUAUCUAUAUAUAAUGGAAACAACUGAAAAUAUGGUGAUUUAACUUAAAUGGAGUGCAAUUUGGUCUGAAAUAUCAUAUGCGUUAGUUGAAGAUCGGACAAGCGUGUAACUAUGAGUUAGAUUUGAAAUCAUAAGUAUGAUUUCAGAUCAGAAUAAUUGCAUGAAACGAAGUUUGAAUACCACUUUAUUACAGCCAUUUUUAAAUCACUAAAUUCAGUCGGUACAAAAAAUCAAAAUUGGGAUUGGAAACCCUUUACCAUCUAUUUUGUAUGUGGAACAAAAAAUAGUGUAAUUCAUGAAUAAAUCACACUGAUGGAAGCGAAUCAGAUUGCAAGGAUCACCAGUGAUUUCAAAAUGCAUGCAAUACCUUUAUAUUGGUACUAAAUUUCGUGAUUUUGGUGAGAAAUAUCACAGCGUUUUAUUUUUGUGAUUUAAAUAAGAAAAUAUGCAAGGGGGGCAUUAAAUUUUGCAAUGAUUUUUAUUUGCGGGUCUUUAAUUUCACUAAGUUUACAAUAAGGACAACAAGAAAUUAAAGACCCGCAAAAUUUUUAAAGUACCAAAUUCACAAUAAUAUAAAUAAUAAUAGCAUAGUUCUAGACCUCUUUUCAUAUUGUAAUUUCCUUGUCUAAAUACAGGGGCAAGAUGAUCCUUUGAGCAGUACAAAAUACUUUAUGUAAUUUUCCAAAGAACAAAAGACAGGUUUUGCUUUGCAGAACGUGAUGCUAAUAAUUCUGAAGAAGAAUGUUGCUGACCUUGUGAGGUCAGUAGGAUGGUUUUUUGUUGUUUUUAUUUAUAC